CAUCCGUGUCCCUCCGCCGGGGUCAGUUGCGGCCAGAACGGCCCUAGAGUCCGCCGCUUUUCCUCUUGGGAAGAGACUGAGAGGCAGAGUUGCCUCACUAAGCCACAACUCGGAGGAACUCCUCCUUCCUGCCCUUUUCUUGGCCCGCUGAGUGACCAGCAAACCUUAUUUCCCCUCCCUGGCAAGCAGAGCCCAAGGGUUAGGCCCCGUCAAAGCCGCAAGCUCCUUCCCGCCUCCCGUGCCCGGUCUAAGCUGCUUCGGCCCGGCGCGGGGGCUCCGAAAUCGCUCGGCAAGUUCCGCCUCUGGAGCCGCGAGGCGGGGCCAUUCGGGCGCCUCCGGCCGGGUUCGGGCGUUUCCGUGCGCGGCCGCCGCUGCGCACUCGGCACUGGGCGGCGCUGGCUGGCUCCCUGGCUGCGGCUCCUCAGUCGGCGGCGGCUGCUGCUGCCUGUGGCCCGGGCGGCUGGGAGAAGCGGAGUGUUGGUGAGUGACGCGGCGGAGGUGUAGUUUGACGCGGUGUGUUACGUGGGGGAGAGAAUAAAACUCCAGCGAGAUCCGGGCCGCGAACGAAAGCAGUGACGGAGGAGCCUGUACCACCGGUAACUAAAUGACCAUGGAAUCUGGUGCAGAGACCCAGCAGAGUGGCGAUGCAGCUGUAACGGAGGCAGAAAAUCAACAGAUGGCUGUACAAACACAACCACAGAUUGCAACUUUAGCACAGGUUUCUAUGCCAGCAGCUCAUGCAACUUCAUCUGCUCCAACAGUGACCUUAGUGCAACUCCCUAAUGGGCAAACUGUUCAAGUACAUGGAGUUAUUCAGGCAGCCCAGCCAUCAGUUAUUCAGUCUCCACAAGUCCAAACUGUUCAGAUUUCUACUAUUGCAGAGAGUGAAGAUUCACAGGAAUCAGUAGAUAGUGUCACAGAUUCUCAAAAAAGAAGAGAAAUUCUUUCAAGGAGGCCCUCCUACAGGAAAAUUUUGAAUGAUUUAUCCUCAGAUGCACCUGGAGUGCCAAGGAUUGAAGAAGAAAAGUCUGAAGAGGAAACAUCAGCACCAGCCAUUACAACUGUGACGGUGCCAACUCCAAUCUACCAGACCAGCAGUGGACAAUACAUUGCUAUUACCCAGGGAGGAGCAAUACAGUUGGCUAACAAUGGCACAGACGGGGUACAGGGCCUGCAAACAUUAACUAUGACAAAUGCAGCUGCCACUCAGGCCAGCACUACCAUCCUCCAGUAUGCGCAAACUACCGAUGGGCAACAAAUCCUCGUACCUAGCAACCAAGUUGUUGUGCAAGCUGCCUCUGGAGAUGUACAGACAUACCAGAUUCGAACAGCACCCACAAGUACCAUUGCACCUGGUGUUGUUAUGGCAUCAUCCCCAGCACUUCCCACCCAACCGGCAGAAGAGGCAGCACGAAAGAGAGAAGUUCGUUUAAUGAAAAAUAGGGAAGCAGCACGGGAGUGUCGUAGGAAGAAAAAGGAAUAUGUGAAAUGUCUAGAGAACAGAGUGGCUGUGCUUGAGAACCAAAACAAGACACUGAUUGAAGAGCUGAAAGCACUUAAGGACCUUUAUUGCCACAAAUCGGAUUAAUUUUGGAUUUUUGUUUUCACCUCCUAAGGUGGAGAAAAUGACUGGUUUGUCCACAGCCAGAAAGACAAAGUAAACUUUUUAUUUUCUAAACAGUUCUCUUUUUUUCUAUGCGCAAAACUGCCUGAAAGCAACUACAGAAUUUCAUUCAUCCUGUGCUUUGCAUUAAACUGUGAAUAUUCAGACACCUGCCUCCACUUCUCCCCACCCCAAGAAAUUGUCAUCUUCCUGAUCAUGAAGAAGAGACUUCUGUUUUUUAUCCCCUCUACACUGUUCAAGCAGUAGAAAUUUGUUCAUUUGUUGAAUUGUUGGGGGAAAGUGAAAAGAAUUCUUUUUUUUUUUUCUUUUUUUUUUUAAUAAUUUCAAGGGUUUGUGCUGAGCUCCUUGAUUGCCUUAGCAACAGAAAUGCCCCCCCUUCCUCUUCCGUUCCCCUCCUACCCCCAGCCUCUUGAAGUAUCGUGUGGACUGAAUGCAGAAAGUAAGUAAGGUGCAAUGAAGAAGUGAUGAUUGCCAAAUUGACCUGUAUUCAUGUAAAUUAUUUAAAUUUGUUGCUAAUGAUAUAUCCUAAAAGGAGGGAUUUAUAUGUAGAAAAAAAUUAGGAAUUGAUUAAGAGAGUUUCUUGUACAUGUUCUGUUCUCUAAUUUUUGCAGUGCUAAAAACUCAUUCAUACCUGUCAAGCAUUUUGGGGCCGGCUCUUUUAGGUCACUCCCUUCUUAAUUGUAAUUCUUUGUGUGUUCUGUAUUUUGAAUACAUUUAAGGAAGUUACCAAAUGAAUGGUAUAGUGUAACCUUUGGAUCAAAAGUGAAGUCAAGAGUUAAGCAAUACAAGUGUGAAGAGCUUUUUACUUUAAGGCAUUUUUUGAUUUUUUUUAGUGAAGAGAACUGUUAAAGUAUAGAAUAGCCCCUUUAUAUUAAACAGUUUUUUUAAAAAAAUAUUCAUGUCCUUGGGCUUCAGAACAAUAAUCAUUCACUAUUUUUUAAAAAUUGCAAUACCUGCUUUUCCCCUGUGCACUUAACAUUUUAUCAUUACCAAAAAAGCCUUCAAGAUGCUACAAAGAGAAAGUGAAAUACUAUAUUAAUGAAAAUCAAUGUGUUGUAAGGAAAAAUGAAAUUAAUUAUAAAAUAACCCAUUUAAAUAUGUUUACACCGGGUGAAUUUUAUCAAUGAAAGCUAUAAAAAUGUUAUAAGGACAUUCUGAAAAGUGUCAAGUAUUGAUUUGUGCAUGCAUUUUUUUUCAGUGCAAUGUCUAAGAGUGAAUUCUAUUAUAAUGUGUUUGUGUUUUGUUCCUUUAAAUAUGCACACAUGCACAUUCAAAACCAUCAAAGUCCUGAAUUUUUGUUUUUGCUUUAAAAGGUGAAUUAUGUUUAAGGCUUUCUGUGUGGCAUGUGAUCUUUGUCAUUUGAUAAAAUAACUGCAUGUCUAAACUCCUAAAUAAGAAAUGUGUGGGUGUGCAUAUCACCCAAAAAUUAUCUAAUAAUUCUUUGAGGUAUUCACUCCUAAAUUAUAUUCACUAAAUUUACCUGAAAUGAAAUUAAUAUUCAUUUUGUUAAAGCAGAUAUAAUUCACAUGAAUUACAAAAAUUUUAAAAUAGUGGCUUAAGAUCAUUGUCACAGAUUUGGAGUUAAAAUUUUGCAUUCAGUUUUAUAAGAGUGUAAGAAAUGUUAAAAUGUUAAAGAUUAGUGUUUUUUGUCUUAGGUCAAAUUUGAUUUGAAAUCAAAUUGUGUUAGACUGUUACUAUUAAAUGCAAAAGUCAUGUUGGCUUUUAUUGGAUCAAUUUUGAAAAGCAAUAUUUUAAGCUAGGCUUAUUGUCAUAGCAGGAGAGGGAUGUUUUUUUUCAUGUAAACAGAGUGGGGAUCCCAUCUUUAAAAAAUGCAGCUUUUAAAGUGAAACUACUUAUAAAGAUGGAUGCAUUCACCAAAUUCUCAAGGCUUUCAAAUAACUUAAAAUUCUUAGUGUUCUACCUGACUGAGCUACUUGGACAAAUAAUGUUAUUUUAUUUUUAAUUGGCAUUUUAAUAUACCAAUGUGUCAUUUCUCAACAUUGGCCGUAAUGAAGAAACUUAAGUGAAUCGAUUCAACGACUUAUUUUCAUAGUAAAAUUAUUUCUUGCUUAAGUGAUCAAAUAUGGAAUUCAAUUAAAAUUAUUUACGAAUUGUAAGUAGUCCAAUGUCUAGCAAAUUUAUUUUCCCCUCUGAAGGUGUGUUUUUCAAAAGUUGGUACUUCUCAGUUUAUUAAGGAGUUAGUUGAUAGUUUGCCCAUUUUUUCCUGGUAGAUCAUGGCAAUCAUAUUAUUUAUUGGGUCAUGAAGAAUGGCCAAGCUCUUUUCACCUUAAGGAUAGUAACACUGGAUUGAAAUCAGCAACACAGUGUGGUGAGGUAUGUUUUGGAUAUAUUGAGGACUUCUGUUUCUACAAAGAAAAAUUAGGCUACUUUUAUUCAGCUUGUUUUUUAAAAUAAAAUUUAGAAACAUUUGGUUGUUUAAGCAUAUAACUGAGAAUUGGGGGAGCUGGAUAUUUCCACCUAAAAAGUAAUUUUUUUUUUUUUAAAAGCCCACAUUGAAAUCAUUUUUAAACAAGAACACAUAUGGCUACCAAUAAUAGAUGCUUUACUCUUUAUUUUGGCCAAAAGGGAAAAAGAAAACAUAGGAAUCUGUACAUAUGUUGUAGAAAAUAGCAAAAUUGAUAUUGCUCUCUUUGCAAAUUAGGGCUCGUUGGCACUUUUAUCUGUAGAACAGAUUAAGUCUAAUAAAACCAUUGGGGGGAUUUUUUUAUCUUAAAGUUAUAUAUUUGGGGGCUCUGGUAGGGUUUAACAGAAGUGCAGGUUAGAAAGGGCUAGAUCCAUUAUGUUCACAGUACAAAAAUUUGGUUUCGAAAUUUAUUUUAUUUUUAUUAUUUUGCAAAUAAAAGUACCAAACUGACAGUUGUGAUAUUGUCAGAGGUGCUCUGUUAAUUUAGAUAUUCUUGGAAAAAUACAUAUGUAUAAUAUAUGUACAUAUAUAUAUAUAUACACACACAGUAUAUAAUCUGAAGCUCUGAGAGCUCUUAAGUCAGGAAUGCUGAGUAUUAUAGUCUAUUGAGGUCAGAUACAGCUCGUACAUUUUUGUGUGCUGUUGCAUCCUUUUUAGUAGUGUUUGGAUUGUGUUAUUCCAGCACUCAUGAUUGCAUUUUUUAUGUUCUAAUUACUCUUCCAACUAUUUUGCUUCUUUUUUAUUGUUAAUUUUCUUAGGCUGAUAUAAAUUAUGUUGUACUUGCCUGAAAACUUCCCCCCAAAUAUUCAUUUUUUUGUGCUUUGUUUCUGGCAGCUAUAACAGUGGUUUAAAAAAAAUUUGGAAGAUUUCUUUGAAAAGGAACCACUGAUUUUCUUAACCAUUCUGGGGAGGGAUUCAAGAGUUUCUUUUAGGCAGGAUGUCAACAGAAAUGGUGUUUUGAUGAUAGUCAGCAACAUUGCUAUUAUCUGAAAGCACAAAUCUAGUCAGGCAGGCUAUCUAAGAAGUCAUCUGGCUGACAUUUCUCUCUUUUCUUCUCAGGCCCAAUCCCCACUUGGGUACUACACCAGUAGAGGUGAUAUUUGGAAUCAUGCAAAGGCUUAGGAAAAAACAACAGUGUUUGGUUUAACAAGGAUACUUUACUUACUUGAAGUGUUUUUAACCUAGAUUUUUCUUUAUGUACAUUAAAUCAGUUUUUAUUUUAGGAGCAGUUGUAGCCAGUCACCAGCACAAACUGGGAUCUAGUUAUUUAGAAAAUUUAAAGGAUAUUUCAUUUUGCAAUUUAAGUAGGCUUAGUAUCUUAAAAGUUAAAAUUUUGAAGUUAUUUCAGGGUUCAGGAAAUAGUGGAAAUAAUACAACUUUUUAAUAAGUUUUGAGAGGAGUUUCUCUCUCGCCUUUUUUGAGCUCUGAAAAUUGUUAGUGGAUUAUAUUCCAUAGACCUGACACAAAACUUGUAUAUUUAUUUGGGUUCUUUUUACAUUCUAUUCUUUGUAAAUGUUUGGUAUAAAAUGCACUUUUAAAACAAAACAAAAAAAAACAAAACAAAACACCCAAUUUCUAGGAACUUGGGUAUUGACAAUGAGAAACUUUUCACAAAUAAUCAUGAAGUGAUUGUCCAUAUUUCUCUUCCUUAUGAUUAAAUCAUGUGGCUGUUUUUUAACAUAGACAUUUUGUUGUUUGAAAUAUUAGUACCUGAAGAUUAGUCUUGGAUUUUUAGGUGCUAAGGUAGGAGGUUUAUCAGGGCCACUAAAUAAAAUGAAAACUGGCUCAAAUCCUAUCUUAUUGUCUUUCAACAUGUAGCAAAUUGAAUUUUUUUUCCUUUCUGAUAAAAUUGUUUCCCCCUCAACCCCUCCUCCCCAAUUUGGUGGAACUUUUCCUCUACAUUAAAAUUGUCAAAGUAAUACCAAAACAACCAUCUCAAUUGCAUUUAAGUUAAGAGACUGGAGAAAAAAAAAGCAUUUGUCAUUGUGUAAACCAAAUAAAAUAUCAUGCUGAUUUUUUUUCACUCCAACUUGGUUGUGUUGAAUCUAAAUCUGAUUAUAUAAUUUUAAAAGCCUAAUGCAAGUGAAAAAAUAAAAUUUAUUGACAUAAAGGCAAAAGGUGCAUGGAAUAAUUUCUUCAUUCAUUUGUAAAAAGCACAACUAGAAUUUUUUGUUGUUGUUGUUAGACAGCAAUGAAGAUGAAUUGAUGACCUAGGUAUAUAUCCUGAAUAUUGUUAAUGUUGACUUUAGCAAUUGACUAUAUAUGUACUAGGAACUGGUUUCCUUCACUUUGUAGACUCAUUGAUUAGGAGAGGGGCUUGAACAUAUCAUUAAGCUGAGUCAGUUUGGAAGGAUUUCAAAUAAAUUAAACAGGGUGCUGAAAUUCCAUCUGUCUCAUCUGCUUUAUGAUAAGUUCACAUUAAUUAGUGAAUGUAACUUAAGCCUUUGUAUGUGUCCUCAGGGGCAGACAGAUUUUAAGAGGGACCAGAUACAGUGUGAAAGGAAUGAGUGUAUUUCAGGUGUUUUAGCUUGAAAUUUAUUUUUUAAAAAAUAUAAAACUUUAAAAAUACAGUGAAGCCUGUAAAGUAAGUUGAUAUUAUAAACAGGCAAAGUUGUUUUAGCACAGAAAUAAAAAAUAUUGACCUGUCUGCUGCAUUCUGGUACUGUGGAUGCAGGUCCUAGCUGGGAGAGGGUAGGGAAUUAAAAGGGGAGGGGGGAAUGGGGGUUAGUAUAUCAUGACAGUUUGGGGUUUUUUCUCACCUGUUAAAAAAAAAAGUCAGUCCUCAGGAAAUGUUUUUGGAAGGGUGAAGAAAUAAAUCAGUUAACCUACUGGGAGUAGAUGUUAUAUAAUGUUUGCCUAUGUAAGCAUGGAAUUUUUAAAAUUCAGCCUCAACUGAAGAGCUUGCCUGAGGGGAAUAUACAUCUAAGAUGAUUUGAAAUUGGUGAGGAGAAGUGGAGAUCCCUGAAAAUAAAGGUCUUAUGUUAGUUGGCCAAAUGAAGCAGUCUGUCGUCUUUGGGGGCUUUAUUUUAUGUUCAUUGGAUUGGUAAAAUGCUCUAUAGAAUGUGUGUAUUUUAUCCAGAUGCCACUCCAUUUUAUGUAUGUAAUAAAAUUAUUUAUAUUAAAAGUGGGAGAGUAAAUUGUAGAAAUGCAUAUGUCUGACCUUCAAUAUUUCCUGCUAGUAUGGAUUUAUUAUGGGUGAGUAAGAGUGCUGGGUUAUCAGUUUUCUGUGUAAAGUUGUCCCUGCCUGAUUUAUUCACACAUUGGUUUUCAUCACCAGAAAGAUUUCUAGUCUAAAUUUAUAAUUUAAAACAUUUUUUUUUUAAAGAAUAUAAUCAGGGAAGUUUCUAGAGUUGGUUUUUUUUUUUUUUUUAAUUGAGGUAAAGAUAACUUCUAUCCAUAUUUUACUUUACCCAAACUCAUCAGCACAAACAGGGUAUUAAUCUUAACUCUUAAUAUUUCUUUUGGAGUGGAUUACAAAUAAAGAAUUAUAAUGGGGAAAACAUGUUUCUAUUAAAAUUCCCUACAUUCUAGAAACAUCCCUGUUUUAACUUUUUUUUUUUACUUAAAUCUUUUUUGUGCUUUAUGUAAAAGAAAAAAUGUACUGAGUUAUAAUGCAUUUUAUUAACACUAUGUACAUAUUAGCUGCUUUGUGUUUCAGAAUGGUAGUAAUUGCUUUGUAUAUUAAAGUGAUCCUUGUGAAUUUGUGAAUUGUCAUAAAGAAGUGCUUUUUCUUACUGUAAUCUUUGUGGUAUAAACUGUCAUAAUGCCCUUUUUACACCAACAUUUAUGUGCAGUCACAUAAACAUGCUUUUAAAAAUG